CCGCGAGAAAUGUUUUGUUAAUGCCCGGACACGUGCGGGCUGCAGAUUUGCAUAUCGUGCAGAGCAAACGUGCCGUCCGUGAAACCUGCACACAUCGAUGGAAUGCGACCCGAGUGAUUCUGUAACCCUUUGUGCAACGGCCCAGUUCGGAACAUGGCUGAAGCUUCCCGCGGGGCCAACGAGCCUCCUUUAAAGGUUGAGAUCGAUCCGGAUUUCGAGCCCCAGAAAAGGCCCCGCUCGUGUACGUGGCCCCUGCCCUGUCCGGAGUCUGCGGGCAAGCCUGGGACGAAUGACACUGACGUCAUCCCUGAAGAAGAGGGUGAUGAGGGUGGCGCGGGGAGCGGCGCUGCCCAGGAAGCCGACAGGGAGCAGAGUGGAGGCGGCGGCGGCUCCUCCUCGCAGCCCGUGGAGGUCCAGCGCGGCUCCUGCAAAGAGGAGGCCGCCGACGGCUCCCCUUCCGCAGCGCAGACUCCCGCCGCGGCUCCGUGCGGAUCUGCCUCCCAACAGCUGAGGAAAUCCUCCGCCCGCAGGAACGCCUGGGGGAACUACUCCUAUGCGGAUCUGAUUACGCAAGCUAUCGACAGCUCCCCCGAGAAAAGGCUGACCCUGUCCCAAAUCUAUGACUGGAUGGUGAGGUCUGUGCCGUAUUUCAAGGACAAAGGCGACAGCAACAGCUCUGCAGGCUGGAAGAAUUCCAUUCGACACAAUCUGUCCCUCCAUAGUCGUUUUGUGAAAGUCCAGAAUGAAGGAACAGGGAAAAGCUCUUGGUGGACGGUCAACCCAGAGGGUGGUAAAGGAGGGAAAGCCCCCAGACGAAGAGCUGUAUCCAUGGACAACAGCAAGUACAUCAAGGGAGCUAGAGGACGUGCCAACAAGAAAAAAGCCUCGCUACAGGCUUCCCAAGAUGGCAGCUCAGAAAGCUCUUCAAGUCUUUCUAAAUGGACAGGAAGCCCAACCUCCCGCAGUAGUGAUGAGCUGGAUGCGUGGACAGAUUUCCGCUCCCGAACCAAUUCCAAUGCCAGCACUAUUAGCGGUCGUCUGUCUCCAAUUUUGGCCAACCUGGAGCUGGAUGAAGUGCCUGAUGAUGACUCGCCCCUCUCCCCGAUGCUGUACUCCAGUCCCAGCAGCAUGUCCCCCUCCACCGGUCCUACAGGGCUCUCAGACCUGGCUGGAACCAUGAACCUUAAUGACGGGCUCCCUGAUAACCUGAUGGAUGACCUUUUGGACAACAUCAGUCUGACGGCAUCGCAGCAACCACCUCCUGGGGAGGAAGACAAUGGAUCCAACAGUCAAGGGAGCUCAGCUUUUACCUUCAGCUGCUCGGGAAGCAGUCUGGGUAAUCCAUCUGGCAGCUAUGGAACCGGCCCUCUUUUUAGCCCGCCGUCCAUCACAAGCCUGCGGCAGUCGCCAAUGCAGACCAUCCAAGAAAACAAGCAGACCACCUUCUCCAGCAUUUCCCACUUCAGCGACCAUCAGGCUUUGCAGGACAUGCUCAGUCUGGAGUCUCACAGCCAUAGCAACGUCAUGCUCACUCAGACCGACCCGCUAAUGUCGCAGGCCAGCACCGCCAUUGCUCUGCAGAACGCCCGCCGGAAUGCGAUGCUGUUGCGCAAAGACCACGUGUUGGUGAAUCGCGUUGGUGCCGGUCAGACCCAAAGCCCAAAUGGAGGUUUAGGGUUGAGUGGUGAUGCUGGUCAAGUGGAGGCCAAACACCUGCACCUGAAGUCUCCCAGCAAGAAUGCCUCUAUGCAGCUCUGCCAGGACCGUGUUCCUGCCGAUCUGGACCUUGAUGUGUUCAGUGGCUGCUUUGAGUGCGACAUGGACUCAAUCAUUUGCAAUGAUUUGAUGGAUGCAGAUUGUUUGGACCUCAGCUUCGAGUCCCGCUUCUCCCCUGUGCAGAAGGCUAACAGGAAUUCAGCAGCGUUCUCCAGCUCGAAACAGACCUCCUCUCAAAGCUGGGUGCCGAGCUGAGCCGCUCUCUCACAACUGACCACUAUUGCCCAGGCGGGUGAACGUCAGUAUUGACUGACAUGGAACCCAAAACGAAGAGCAUCAACUCGUGUUAGUCUCAGGGAAUUAUUCGUAUCACAGUGUGAUACACCAAACUGACCAUCAGUUGGGUUUUCACCUGCAUUUUUUCUCGUACUUUCAUACACAAACCAAUGUUUUGCCAAAUCAGCCUUUGGCCUGACGCGGCUAACUGGCCUGUUUACAGAACAAACUGCGGAGAAUGUUGCAUUUUGUUCCGAUAGAGGAUACUUGAUCAACUUCUUUAUUCAUCCCUUCCAGUUUUAGCCUAAAUGGAUUUCUCACCCUCCAUUGAUGCACUGAGUCACGCACCAAAUAUCACUCUAUAGAUGUAAUGCGUUAAAGAUGUGAAAUAAUCGAACUUGUGUGGUUUUCCUAUGUAACAUUUUAAUUUAGCCAGUUUUACUCUGUGAGUUUUAGUGACUUUACUGUGACUUGUGUUCCUUCUUAAAAGGUGCGUUAC